UCCCGCACGUAGCCGGCGCACCGACCGGCGCGGGGCCCUCUGCCCGCUCCUGCGCGGCCCGGGAGUCCGGUACGCCUCUCGGUUGGCGGCAGCAGCAGCAGCGCGGAGCUUGGGUAGCACCGCAGCGCCGGGCCGCGGAGCGCAGCCCUACACGGCCCGCCGCGGCCAAAGUUUUGCCUCGCCUCGCCUGGCCCCGCGCCGCGGCGGAGCCCCUGCCCGGCUCGGCCUGGAGCCGGCGGCGGCUCGGUGGACAUCGUUUCCCGACGCGGGCGCCCGCAGGGCAGCGGCACGCCCGUCUCCGCAGCGACAUGCCGCUGGGGCACAUCAUGAGGCUCGACCUGGAGAGAAUCGCCCUGGAGUACAUCGUGCCCUGCUUGCACGACAUCGGCUUCUGCUACCUGGACAACUUCCUUGGGGAGGUGGUGGGGGACUGCGUGCUGGAGCGGGUGAAGCGGAUGCACCGCGACGGGGAGCUGGCCGACGGGCAGCUGGCCGGCCCCAGCCGCGGCGUCGCCAAGCGGCACCUGCGCGGCGACCAGAUCAAGUGGAUCGGGGGCACGGAGGAAGGCUGCGAGGCUAUCAACUUCCUCCUCACGCUGAUAGACCGGCUGGUGAUGUACUGCGGGAGCCGGCUCGGCAAGUACUACGUGAAGGAGCGGUCCAAGGCUAUGAUUGCUUGCUAUCCUGGAAAUGGAACUGGGUAUGUUCGUCAUGUGGACAAUCCAAAUGGUGACGGGCGCUGCAUCACCUGUAUUUAUUACCUGAAUAAGAACUGGGACUCCAAGUUGCAUGGUGGAAUUCUUCGGAUAUUCCCAGAAGGAAAGUCCUAUGUAGCAGAUGUUGAGCCGAUUUUUGACCGAUUAUUAUUUUUUUGGUCAGAUCGGAGGAAUCCACAUGAAGUCCAGCCUUCUUAUGCAACCAGAUAUGCCAUGACUGUGUGGUAUUUCGAUGCUGAAGAAAGAGCAGAAGCCAAAAAAAAGUUCAGGAACUUAACAGAUGCAAGAAAGAGAGAAGCACCUCUUAAUGAAGACUAAUCAGCUGUUCCUGAAUUCCUGUGAGGAAAUAAGAUCCCAAAGAUGACUUCCAUUUCCAGCGAGCAAGGGCAAAUUCUUGUUAUGCACAAGAAUGCACUGGUUGUGUCUAGCCUGUGCAUCUUAUAUUGAUGGUACUUAAGCCAGCCUCCUGUCAUGCCUGCGUCUGGCAGAAGGAACACUUGUUUUCUAUUUGCCUGUUGCUGGAAUGAGUAACCAGGUUGUUUGUGUUUGUUUUUUUUUUAAAAAAAAAAAAAAAAAAAAUAAGUAUCACUAAGCCUAGUGGUAGGGGCUCAGCCAACUGGCUUUUGAUCACUCUUGUAGCCAAGAUAAUGAUCAUUGGAACUAGCAAUGAAAACCUGAGUCUUAUUUGCACUUUACUGGGGAGGGAAACUAGCUCAAUGGGAAAGAGCUUUACAAGUUUAAAAUCUGUGGAAGACUGCUAAUGGGCAAGGAGAGAUUUUGUGAAAAUGUGAUAUCAGAACUAGAUUUUUGUAGUGUCAUCUUAUGGUCUGUCCCACAUGGGCCUGUCAAUGUACAUCACUUUGCUGUGCAGAACAUAGGCUCAGCCCUUUGAUGGCCCAACUUUCCAAACAGUUUGUUGUCUGCUCAGUCAUCACAUUUCCUGGAUUUUGUUUGCUUUUCAUGAGUCAAGUUCUAGCUGUGUAGUUGCACUGCCCUUUCUGUCCCAAGACUGAGAGGGAAGCAGUUACGCCUCAGUCCACAACUUUGUAAAACCAUUUUCUUUCUGUUCUGAGCAGGAUGGGUUGUGUGUUUUCUGUUUUCACUGUUUGUUAAAGCAGCUGUUUUCUCCCAAAAGAUACAUGAACUUGGAAGGCUGAUGGCACACAAGGCAUUGGCACCAAUGGCCAAUGAUACAUAGAGUUGUCAUUUUCAUGUCUUCUCCAUCUACUGUGUUUUAUGUGAUGCAGAUAAGAAUCUGAAAGGAAAAGAUAUGUCUGGCAGUUUGACAAAUGUGUGAUAAAUAAUGGGUAACUUAGAUUUGAUUUCUAUGCUGCUUAUCCUUAGUUAACACACUUGUUUAACUUUGAGUAUGUAAUUUGGAUGACACAGCAAUUCUGUUUCAGUUGAUCUGUUAUGUCAGGUAACUACUGCUGUGCCCAAGCCAUGAGACUGGAGUUAUUCAAAUGGCAAAGCACAUUUUUUUUUUCUCUAAACUUCUUAAACGCGGUGAGUAACUGAUGACCUAUCUCCAAUCUACCUAAGCUUCCACAACCAGCACUUACUAUGCAGUUCAGAAUAACUUAAUGAAGCUGGGAGCUGAUGGUGGAUGCAUUUAUCACUCACAUUAAUUGUUCUGAACCUAAUACACUCACUUGGAUUAAUUUUCAUCUCAUGUUUUCAGUGUGUGUGCCAGACCCUACCCUAUAGAUGCCCUUUUCAGUGACCCAUAUUUUCCAGUGCUGGCAGUCGUGAGGGAGGAUUGUCUGACCUGCCAGUUCCUGCACCUCUUCACUGCGUGGUGCCAGGCUGUUGUGCUGGUGAUGGGUCUGUGGGCCAGCUGUGUUGCCCUUGAGCUGGGGAAUGGAAAGAUAACAUGCAAUCACAACUGUUGCAUGUCAGUGACACAAGGGAGCAGCUGCAUGGGACAGAAAAGAAAUAAUUUUCAUGAUGUAAAAAAUAGUUUUUUUAAGCAGUUCUGUUUUUUUAAAAAAAGCACCACAACAAGAACAAAACCAACAAACCUGGGCAUCCUUUAGUCUGUCCUUGAACUCUGAAUGUAAAUACAGUAGUGCUAAGAACCCCCUUGUUCUCUCUGGCUUCUCCCAGAGAUCCAGCUUCAGACUUAGGGGCUGAACUUGGUUCAGCCUGACCACUGUGCACCUUAAGAGAGGAACACGAGGGAACACGUGUGACAAAUAUUCUUAUAACUCAAGGCUAGAAAAAGACAAUCUGAUAAAUGUCCUUUAGUGUUAGGUAAAACAUUAUUCUGCUACAGUUGCUUCUAAGUAGCAUAACAUAGACUUGAAGGAAACUUAAUAACUUGAAAUGCUCAUUCUGUGAUGUUCAUGUGGGAGGAGGAGAGGGCUCUUCCCAGAGAAUAAAAGACAGUCAUUGGAAAGGUGGCAGGUGUUGAAAAAGGGGAAGGCGUGUUACAGGAUUAUUAUUUUAAAAGGGAGGGUGGGGAAUCCAAGCUCUUUUAUUGCUAUGCAAGGUUCAUAAUGACUUAUAUUUUAAACUGCUACAUCAUUUUAAAGGGGGCAAAGACAGCUAAAACAGAGCAGAGCAAGUCUUGCUUCACCUUUAGAACCUGUAACCUAGAAAGAAAUGCACUAGAAAGAGGUGUUAUUACACCUCUCACUAAAGCCUUGAACAGUGGAAAAAUGAUGGGGUGGAAGGGGAAAGGCUUUGUAUAAACAUAGAAAAUGAAAGGUACUUCAGUUACCACUGUUGCUACCACCUGGCUUCCGUGGUGGUCAGCAACGUGUGGUGGAUGCAGCAUGGAGCACUAUAGAUGCAUUUAUUGUAAAUAAAGUACUUAUUUUUAUUUUUAGCCAGUAUCUUCCUGAUUAGAUAGAGGAGAGAGCAAUUCUGUGGCAGAGAGCGUUGCGUUGUCUUUUUCUUUAUUAAUACAUAUGAUUAAGUACAAAAAAGUUGAUGGCACAGGAUUUUUCGCCAUCUUUUGUGUGAAGGACUGGAACCAGUUCUUCAGUUGUCUGGUUUAGACCUUUACCCCAUUUCCACAUCAGUGGGAUGAUUUCCUUGAAUAUGCUGUAGUUUAACUGGGGAGGUUGGUGGGAUGUUGGUCGUGUAGGAAUCCAUAGGCUUGAUGUUUUCUUCACAGAUUUUUCUUGCCUGUCUCUGAAAUUGUUGCAAACUGCCCUGCAAAAAUGAAAUUGUUGGAAGAACUGUGGGGAAAGCAGUCUGUUGCAGUAGGGAGAGAAUUUCAAGGAUACUCUUUCCAUGUGGUUUAUUUUCAUGGCAGACUGAAACAUCUAUGGCUAAACAGCGCUUGUUGCCUAGUUGUGAACAAGAAUGUUUUCUCUAAGGCAUUUAAUUUUUAAUCCUCUAGAGGUUUUGUUGAUUUUUUCAAUCUUUAGGUAAUGUGCCUUCAUAUCUGUGAAGAUGUUACAUGUCACAUGUGUGUCAUGCAAGUUUUUAAUGGAUCUUUAAAAAAUAUGUUUGUCUUUGCAAAAAUAGUUGCAUUGGAAAAAUAUGUGGAGCCACCAAGCCACAAUUUCCAGCAGGUACUUUUUCUCGUGCAGGAUGGGAAAAAGGCCAGGAGACAGUCCUGAAAAUCAAGAGACUAUUUUUAUAGUUAAACCUUUAACCAAUGGCCUUUUGAGCAAAGUAGCCUCUAAUAAAUUUUUUCUCUUGAUUGUUUGUGGUUCCAUGAAGAACAGGCUCUGCAAAGUAGUGCAUAAAAGAUCCACUCUUUUUUCCUUCUCUCUUUAAGCAGUUUUAGUCCUUUUCUAUUGUGUUUUUUUAAAUGUUGGAGUAUAUUAUAUGUAUUUGUUUUUGUUGCAAAAUGGCUGGCUCUAACAUGACUUGCAUCUAGAAGAAAAUGUAUCUAUUUGCAGGCAAAUAACUAGUUCUACUUUGACUGUGCUGUACUCCCAGCAGAUAUCUGAGAGUGAGUUAUGACGACAUCUUCUCUUGUCAGGUUGUAUGCUGGUCAACAAUGCUGGCACUUCACAUUGGAUUGAUAGAGAAACCCCUGUAGUAUGUUACUAUAAGUCACAUUUUGUGUUCCUGUUACACAAGUGGCAGGAGUCAAUAAACACUGGGUCUUGUUAAA